AGUGCAGGGGAGGAGGAGCUGGGAGGCCUAGAAACUGGGGCUUAUUCAGGCCGGGCAGGGGACACCCUGAGCCCUGGAGACCUGGGAUGGGAGAUGGGAGCGUACUCCUGCAGAGGGAGAGAGGUGGUGCAUCAAUCAUGGUGGCUACCCCCCACCCUCUCUCACCUAUUAACCAGUGACUGCAGCUACACCCAACCUUAGGCAGCCCCAAGAAACUGUCCCCUUUAUACAGAUGGGGAAACUGAGGCACGGAGCAGUUGGGUCAUUUACCCAGUGCCAGGGAAGUGACUUAACAGCUCUGUGGACUAUGCUACUAAAUGAACCCAGAGAGAGAGUCCUGGGGAGUGGAAAUCUGAAGUGACCAGAGGAGGGAGUCCUUAAAGAAACGGGCAGGACCUUAAAGAAGUCAGAGCUGCGUGGGACAGGAAGUCCCGGAAAGGAAGGAGUUAAAGGAGGGAGGGCAGAAGACUCCAUGGAUCUGACCUCCCCCCAGCCCUUCCCAAAGAUUCCCAAGGUUCCCAGAGCAGAGAGAAGGGACAGGGGUGCCCACGCACAAACACACACAGGAAACAGCCCGGGAUGUCACAGAGAGGAGGAUGGAGCAGGAGGGGGAGGUCCCAAGGGGGAGGCAUUGACCGUGGGGGUCAGUCCUGGGCUGAGAGACGGUGGCAGGGGUUUGGAAGACAGGCAGGGAGGUGGGGAGUGACAUGCUGCAGGUAUGGGAGAACCCAGCAGGCACUCACUCACUGUCAUGCCUGCUCCUGUCUUCCAAGCAGGCUAGGCAGCGUCCACUGUGGGCUAUGCGCUUGACCAAGGUAUGAGUGCCUAUGAAGUGCUCUCCAUGUUGAGCUCCCCGAAGCCUCCCUGAAGGGCGGCAUCAAAUCCCCACAUUUCACAGGAGGACACUGAGGCUCAGAGAUGGAAAGUGACUUGCCCAAAGCCACCCAGUGAGAAGGGACAAGGGCAGGGCUCCAUGCAGAGUAAACGAGAGGUGUAGGGAAGUAGAGUGGGGAAUGCAGGGCCCAGGCCCAAAGAAACCCCACCAGACCUCUGAGGCUGGAGAGCAGAGGGACAGAGUCCUGUUUGGGAUACCAGGGCCAGGGAGGUUGGGGAGGAGGCCGCGAGCUGGUAACAGAUGAGACUGCUGGCCUGCAACCACCCAUUCCAAAUGAAUGUGUGGAGUGUCAGUGCUGAGUGCAUUCUCCUGCUGCGGGAAGAGCCCUGGGCCGGGACUGCUCUGGGAGCAGUGGGAGGCCAAGUCUCACACCCCUUGCUCUCUGCCAGGCCGCCCAGCCCAGCGCCCGGAGCCCAGUCCUCCAGAACCAGAGCCCCAGGCCCCGGAAGGAUCCCAGGCUGGAGCAGAGGGGCCCCCCAGCCCCGAGGCAUCUCGGAGCCCGGCUCGGGGUGCCUACCUGCAGAGCCUGGAGCCCAGCAGCCGCCGAUGGGUGCUGGGCGGGGCCAAGCCACCAGAUGAGGCCACCUUGGGGCCCGGGGCAGCUGGCAGUAGGGAGCCUGCUGGUGAGAUCUGGUACAACCCCAUCCCUGAGGAGGACCCCAGACUCCCGGCACCUGAGCUCCCAGGCCCACAGCCAGGCUCAGCUGAGCAGGAGAGCCUGGCCUCCCCAGGCGCAGCCCCCGCCAGUCCCCCAACCAAAGCCUCCCGCACCAAGUCCCCAGGCCCGGCCAGGCGGCUCUCAAUGAAGAUGAAGAAGCUGCCCGAGCUGCGGCGCCGCCUGAGUCUGCGGAGCACCCGGGCUGGCCGAGAGCGUGAGCGAGCCGCCCCCGCGGGGUCCGUCAUCAGCCGUUACCACCUGGACAGCAGCGUGGGGACCCCGGGGCGGGCGGCAGUGUCUGAGGGCGCACGGGGCCUGAGGGCCGGUUACCUCAGUGAUGGCGACUCUCCUGAGCGGCCAGCGGGGCCCCCGUCGCCCACCGCCUUCCGCCCCUAUGAGGUGGGCCCAUCGGCCCGGACGCCCCCCACUGCACUCUGGGGCCGCCUCAGCCUGCACCUGUACGGGCUGGGGGGGCUGCGACCGGCACCUGGGGCCACUCCGCGAGACCUCUGCUGCCUGCUGCAGGUGGAUGGGGUGGCCCGGGCCCGAACGGGGCCGCUGCGUGGGGGGCCAGACUUCCUGCGGCUGGACCACACCUUCCACCUGGAACUCGAGGCCGCGCGGCUGCUGCGGGCCCUGGUGCUGGCGUGGGACCCCGGCGUUCGGCGGCACCGGCCCUGCGCCCAGGGUACUGUGCUGCUGCCCACGGUUUUCCGAGGGUGCGAGGCCCAGCAGCUGGCUGUGCGCCUGGAGCCCCAAGGGCUGCUGUAUGCCAAGCUGACCCUGUCGGAGCAACAGGAAGCACCAGGUACAGCUGAGCCCCGAGUCUUCGGGCUGCCCCUGCCACUGCUGGUGGAGCGGGAACAGUCCCCGGGCCAGGUGCCCCUCAUCAUCCAGAAGUGUGUUGGGCAGAUCGAGCGCCGAGGGCUACGGGUAGUGGGGCUGUACCGUCUGUGUGGCUCAGCAGCCGUGAAGAAAGAGCUUCGAGAUGCCUUUGAGCGGGACAGUGCAGCUGUCUGCCUCUCCGAGGACCUGUACCCUGAUAUCAAUGUCAUCACUGGCAUCCUCAAGGAUUAUCUGCGGGAGCUGCCUACCCCGCUCAUCACCCAGCCCCUCUAUCAGGUGGUGUUGGAGGCCAUGGCCCGAGAGCCCCCAAGCAGGGCUCCUUCCAGCACUGAGGGCACCCGUGGGCUCCUCAGCUGCCUGCCAGAUGUGGAGAGGGCUACACUGACGCUUCUCCUGGACCACCUGCGCCUUGUCUCCUCCUUCCACGCCCACAACCGCAUGACUCCGCAGAACCUGGCCGUUUGCUUCGGUCCUGUGCUGCUGCCGGCGCGCCAGGCACCCGCCAGGCCCCGCAUCCGCAGCUCUGGCCCGGGCGUCUCGAAUGCAGUGGACUUCAAGCGCCACAUCGAGGUGCUGCACUACCUGCUGCAAGCCUGGCCAGAUCCGCGCAGGCCCCCAGAGGCUCCGGAGCUGGUCCCGUACCUGCGGCCCAAACGACAGCCGCCGCUGCACUUGCCGCUAGCGAGCCCCGAAGUGGUGACUCGGCCCCGCGGCCGGGGCGGCCCCGAGAGCCCGCCGAGCAACCGCUACGCCGGUGACUGGAGCGUUUGCGGGCGGGACUUCCUGCCUUGCGGGCGGGACUUCCUGUCCGGGCCGGACUACGACCACGUGACGGGCAGCGACAGCGAAGACGAGGACGAAGAGGCUGGCGAGCCGACGGUCGCCACCGACUUCGAAGACGACUUCGAGGCUCCCUUCAACCCGCACCUGAACCUCAAAGACUUUGAUGCCCUCAUCAUGGACCUGGAGAGAGAGCUCUCCAAGCAGAUCAACGUGUGUCUGUGAGCCGGGCGGGGCCGGACCCCGAUUACUAAGGCCGGGCUCCUGGUUGCUAAGGCGGUGCCCUAACGACCUAGGGGGACCAGACCUUGUAGCUCAGGCCUAGCUCCUGGUUCCUGGGGAGUUGCCUAGUGACCAGCCAACCCAUUGCUGAGAAUCAUUCCUCGUUUCCAGUGCUCAACAUUUGGGCACUGGGUGCGAAGGCCGGGGAUUGGGAAUUUUCGGGACCAGCUAUUGUGGCCAUCUUUUCUGAGUACCAAGGGCUUCUUCCCGGCUGCCAAAAGGCAGUUCUGCUUGCAGGGCUGGCUGGCCUCUCUUGCUUCCCCUUAGCCAGGGAAACGCCAGUUACUGUGAGCAUCACCCUGGGAUGGUGAGACACCCCCCCAGUUCAGUCCUCUUGCUGCUGCCAACCAAAUCAGUAUUAGCUUUGAGCACUGCACUCUGCUUCUCCCUCGGCGGGCCCAAGGACUAUCAUGAGGUACUGUUUGAGGCAGGGUGGGGGAAAGCCCCUAUCCUGGGCUCUGGCUGGAUAGGAGCAGCCUGAGGCUUAUAGGAAAACAGCUGGUUUCCCCACUCUCUUUUCCGAGGAAAACCCCAUAAUUGCCUCAAACCAGCAAAAGUAGAUAGCAGAGUAUGGCCCUUCCCCUCCCCAAUUCUUCCUCCCCAUUCCUGAACAAAUUGAGCACUUAUAAGACCUCCCUUUCGGAGGGGCCCCACCUGAAGUGUCAGGCUGGGGGCAUUUUGGUACGGAACAUAUUUAUUGCCUCCGUGCGUGUGUGUCUGUGUGUGAGGACUAGUGUGCAUGGACAUGUCUAGAGCAGGCAUGUGGGGCUCUUUCAGGGACCACAGAGCGGGGAAAGAGUUUGCAGUGCCCAGGCACCCUGAAAUCUCCAGUAAUGGUGCCUCAGUGAGCCCCAGAGUUCCAGUGGGAGAGUAGGGUCCCCUCCUGUCUCCUCCCUCUUUCCCUCACUUCCAUCUUUGUGGACAAUAAAUCAGUAUGCACAGGU